GAAACAGGAAGCCGGGGAGAGCUGGGAGGCCGCACCCGGAGAGACAGGAGAGAGACCGGAGAGACCGGGGAGAACCGAGGGUUAGCUGGGCUGUGCUGGCUUGAGCUUUAGAACAACAUGGCUACCAAUAAGAAUAAGAAUCCCAGCUCGCUGGUGCUUCACAAGGUGAUCAUGGUGGGUAGUGGAGGAGUGGGGAAGUCCGCACUCACCUUACAGUUCAUGUAUGAUGAGUUUGUCGAAGACUAUGAGCCCACCAAGGCAGACAGUUACCGGAAGAAAGUGGUGCUGGAUGGAGAGGAGGUUCAGAUCGAUAUUCUAGACACAGCCGGGCAGGAAGACUACGCUGCCAUUCGGGAUAACUAUUUCCGAAGUGGAGAAGGCUUCCUUCUGGUGUUCUCUAUAACUGAGCACGAAUCCUUUACCGCUACGGCUGAGUUUCGAGAACAGAUUCUACGUGUGAAGGCUGAGGAAGACAAGAUCCCUCUUCUUGUUGUGGGGAAUAAGUCUGAUUUGGAGGAGCGGCGACAGGUCCCUGUAGAUGAAGCCAGGGGAAAAGCUGAGGAAUGGGGGGUGCAAUAUGUGGAAACAUCAGCAAAAACCAGAGCAAAUGUAGACAAGGUAUUCUUUGAUCUGAUGAGGGAAAUUCGAACCAAGAAAAUGUCUGAAAACAAGGACAAGAAUGGAAAGAAAAGUGGGAAAAACAAGAAGAGCUUCAAACAGCGCUGCUGCUUACUGUGACGGGGGCCGCAGUAAGCCCAAUCCGCCAUUACACCCGCAUCAUGGUUUCCUAAUGAAGCGUUUAGUAUUUCAUUCAGUCUGGCAGUGAAACGCGUUGCUGGUCACUGAGCCUCAACUAUGUCUGUAACUGGUCUGAUUUACGUGAAUUCUUUUUUUUUUUAUUACUUAUGGAAGCCUUAUCAGGAAACUACACAUUUUUAAUCUUCAGAACAAAAACUUUGUGGGGGUUUGGGGGGGGAGGGGUCUGCCAUUAAUGCUUUAAGUGCCAUAAGUCUUUUGAUAGAUGUACAGUUGAUCAAGGUAUUGGGGAAAAAAUGGUUUCUUCAUUCCCCCCCCCUCCAGCACGUGUAUCUUAAUGAACCUUGGCAGUGAUCCAGCCAGAUGCAGUGAGUGUGACGUGUUCAGCUAUUGGUUGAGGGAGAGUGGGCUGCAGGCAGUAUCUGCGCACUUCCUGCACUUCCAUGAUACUAAUGGUCUCAUUCUGAAAUCCAGUAUACAGAGAGGGUGACCGCUACGGGAUGUGAAAUAAAUACUUCGGACCCUCUGCUACAGUGUUAUUAAUACUGGGUGGUCUAAUAUCUCGUUCCCCUCCUAACCACUUAAUCUGUUUCCUUUUUCUUCAUUUUACCCCAUGUAUAGAAUUAAUGAAGACAUUGUAUUACACACUAUUAUACACUCUUAUUUUUGGUAUAACUACCUUGGCGCUCCUCACACUAAUCUUGUAGAAAGAAUUUCUAUAUUUUGGAUAAAGCCACUUGCAGUAUUUGUGUUUUUAUUUUGUAUUAAAAAAAAAAAAAAAAAAGAGCGGCGCACACAGUGCAAUUCUUCCAGUGUUUACUGAAUGUCUGGUGAUGUCAUUGUGUCCCACUCCCCAGUUUGGUUGUGGUGUGACUUGUGUGGACGGUCAGGAAAAUGUGGCUAAUGUAUGAAUUGCAUACAUACCGAAUAUUGGACACUUGGCUGCAAAGACUAAAGAUAUUUUGGAGCCAUCAGAUUCAAAGAAAACAUCGUGUGUGCCUUGCAUUAAAUCUGCCAUUGUUCACACCGCUUUCAGGAAAAGUGCUGAGACUAUUGCUUUUAUUUUGCACAAUGCCAUUCAUUUUUUUGGUUUGUCAUUUUAGCCUGAAAUUUAGACCCAACCAAUAAAGAUAUUUAAACAUUAAAAGUUUCCAUUAAUCCCCUUUGUCAUGACCUGCUUAAGCUGCGGCUGUACGUCAUUAUUAUGAUUUUCCGAUGUACAUGCAUUCACUGUCACACUGCUUACUGUACGAUAACAUUUUCUUUUCAGAAUG